GGCAGAAGAAGAACAGAGCAGCAGAACCGAGCCGAGCCGUGCCGAGCCGGACAUUUGUCCUGUUUUAACCACAGAGGAGCCAAACACUGAUUUUCCAUUUGUAUAAGAGCUGGUUAAAGCUGCACGAUGGACACCGUCGCAGCAUCAAGGAGAAAUCACACCAGUAAGAAAGGAAACAAGGAGAACGCCCAGCCUGCAAAUGAAACCAAGUCUUUAAUCAGAAGAGGCAUCUCUAAACCUCCUUUGAAAGCUCCUCUGCAACCAAAAGGCAAAGAAAAAGAUCAGACCACGACAAAAAGUGGCCUUCUUAAAGCCAGCACCAGACAGACGGAUGGAAAGUUGACGUCCACUGUGGCUGUAAAAAACAUAACACUGAAGAAAGUGGAAAAAGUAGCUCCUGCUCCUCAGAGCCACGCCUUCACCUCUACACAAGCAUCGAAACACAAGAAACUGGCUGCAGAAGCUCCAAAACCACCGACUGCUGCACCUUCAUCAAAGCCUGCCCCGGGCAUGUACAAAGGCAGGAUCAUUCAGUCGAAAAUCGGAUCCAUUUGGAAGUCAAGUUCCUCCCUGAAUUCAGAAGAUGCAAAACCAUCUGCACCCAAAACAACAAACCAGAGGGUCGGAAAUUUGACGAAAAGCAGAAUCACACCUGCUGCAGGAUGCAGCACGCAAAAACCUGUACCUCCGAGGUCCAAGACUGUGUCAGAUGGAGCGACUAAACCCGCAUCCAGACCCGUCGCCAGCCGUCCUCCCACUGGGUUCUCCUCUGCCCGUCCUCCCACCAGAACUGUCCCAACAGCGAUAAGGUCCAGAAACGCCACGGCGGGUCCCACAAAGCGAUGCGGGACUCUCAUAUCGAAGCCAACGAUUCCAGCUACAGACAGGAAAGCCAGCAAGCCUCCUGUCUGUAGCACCCUGAGCCAAUACCGACGGGCCGCCGAGACCGAGGAGCAGAAAAAAGCAAAACUAGCAGAGUGGCUCGCAUCCAAGGGAAAGAAUCUGAAAAGGCCAGCGAUGGUGACAAGACCGCCCACAAAAACCAAAGCGCCUGCAAGACCUGAGGACCACCUGAAGCCCCAACCUGAACCUCAACCUGAACCUGAACCUGCAGCACAGUGCAACCCUGAACCUGAACCUGAACCCAGUCUGGACACACAUGAGCCGUCUUCCACCUCUGCAGAUGAACGUGUAGAGAACCAGGAACCGGACGUAACCCAAAAAAACCCAACACCAGAGAUCAUGAACACCACCUUGGACCUCCUGGAAAACUCAGACGUGGACCUGUCCAUUAAUCCAGCGGAAGGAGUCGAUGAUAUUGUCAUUAACUUGUGUGAAGCGUUGGAGGCCAUGGAGACGCCCUCCUGCUGUAAUGAUGAACCCCCACAGGUGACCGAUGAAUGUAAUGAUGUUGAAGUUGUGGACGAGUUAAAGGAUGAAAACAAACAGGAAGAAGUGAUGGAUGAAAAGCCUGAGGACGUUGUUGAGAAAACAGAGGAAGAGGCUGAUGAGCAGGAACUGGAAGACAGUCUGGAGGAAGUUGACAGCGACGAUGACGUGAUGGAGUCGACGUCGGCGGUGCGGGACGCGUCUGUUGUUAAAUACAGUGUGAAGACGACGCCGUACCUGCAGAGUGUUAAGAAGACAAUUGCAGAUGAAGUCGGUACCGGCUCGUCCAGGAGGAAGAGCAACAUCAGCGACGUCAAGUUUCUGACCCCGGUUCGACGUUCCAGCAGAAUUCAGCGGAAAUCUUCGCGCCUGCCGACGAUGCUGGUCGAUCACGAUCCGUGCGUGUCGUCGCUGGCCGAGCUGGUGAAGCUGGACGACAAUCCCAACGCCUACAUUUACAGGAAAAACCCGGCGCUUCUGGAAGACCUGCCGGACGAGCCCAGAGUUUGAGUUUUUUAAAACGGUUUUAAAAAGAAAAAUGUGUGGGACUGGAACUAAUGGACGUUUAUGUUUGUCUUAAAGUGCCUCUUUUACUUCACUAACCCGACUGUAUAUCUGAACAAAGAAUGUUAAUGUCUUCAUAUUCUUUUAUGUUCCUCUAACACUAAUAUUAAUGUCUUUGAUUAAAAUUUUAUUAAAAUGCACUAUAUUAAAGGAACUGUUGCCUCAUC